ACGAAGCGCCAUAGCCACGGUAGUCCUGGCGACAAGAGCCCAGCAACAAGAAUCAACAACAACAGCCUGAUUCAUUGAAACGCUAAAAAAUUCAAACAUAGCGGUGGAAAAAUCACUCGGAUUAAAAGCGUUUCACCCAGGUGAUCCUGAUGGCGACUCCAGCCUAUGUCGGGGAGCUGCAGCAGACCUCCCAGCCUCCAGCAGGCGCUGUAACUGUAACAUCAGGCCAGCCUGUCGUUGUCACGACUGCAGCACCUCAGCAGUACCUGUCCGAGCUGCAAAAUACCGUGACCUCUGUCUCGGCAUCAGCGACCUCCGGCCAGGUCACUCCCCCUCCUGCACAGACUCCACCUACACAAGCCCCGCCCACACAGACUCAGUAUGUCCCAACUGAGAUGCAGAAUUCACCCACGCAGUCCAGCAAUGCCCAAAACACGCCGCAGUAUAUCGUGGUUACAGUUACAGAGGGCUCCAUCCAUUCCAGUGACUCCGUUUCAGAUUCCAGCCCUCCACCUGCAGUGGUACAGACUGGAGUUCCCACUCAGGUGGUGCAGCAGGUGCAGUCAGCGCAGCAGAGAUCUGUGGUCCAAGCCACAUCUCAGCCUACCAAGACUGAACAGGGUACACAAAUGAGCGUCACCAGCCUACAGCCUGUACAUUUGACUCAGGAGCAGCUGCAGCAGGUACCCGUGCAGCAUGUGUACACUAACCAGGUGCAGUAUGUAGAGGGAGGAGACACAAGCUACACUACCAGUACCAUACGUUCCGGCAGUUUUGUGUACACUGACAGUCCCUUGUACACUCAGACCAGUGGUGCUCAGUAUUAUGAAAGCACCAGUGUCAGUGUCUCUGCCUCCCAGGCUGCCUCCCCUGUGAAUACAGGCUUUGUGACGGGGACGGGGCAGAUUGUGACUAGUGCCACGCCUGGAACAGGGGGUGGAGCCACAGCAGUAAUCGCGGUGUCUGGGACGGCUGCUAAUGGCUCUGGGGACGGAGGAGGCGGGGCUAACGGGAGCAGUGGCAGCUACGUGAUUCAGGGAGGCUACAUGCUCAGCAGUGGCGGAGGUACCAGCAGCAGCAGUGGAAACGGCCAGAGUUACUCACAAAAUGCUCGCGUCUCCCCGGCCACUGUGAGUAUUAGCGAGGGAGAGGAGAAUAGCGUGCCGUCUGCAGACAAAAAGCUGUCCUCUGGCCCUCAGGUGCAGUGGUUGUUGGAUAAUUAUGAGACGGCAGAGGGUGUGAGCCUGCCACGCUCCACGCUCUACUGCCACUACCUGCUACACUGCCAGGAGCAGAAACUGGAGCCCGUCAAUGCUGCCUCCUUCGGAAAACUCAUCCGCUCCGUCUUCAUGGGCCUGAGGACGAGGCGCCUGGGUACUCGAGGGAACUCAAAAUAUCACUACUAUGGGCUGAGGAUUAAAGCUAGCUCCUCUCUGCUCCGGCUUAUGGAGGACCAACAACACCUGGCAAUGAGGCAGCAGCCCUUCUCCCAAAAACAGAGGUUGAAGCCAGUACAGAAGAUGGAAGGAAUGACCAAUGGGAUGUCUUCAGGGGCAGGACAACAGCAGCAACAACAGACUUCAGGGCUUUCUGACAUCAGUGCCCAGGUGCAGCAGUACCAACAGUUCCUGGAUGCAUCCCGUGCUCUCCCAGAGUUUCCUGAAAUUGACUUGCAGGGCAAACCUUUGCCAGAGGGCAUUGAGCUGGAACACAUUAAGAGCUUUCAGCUACUCUACAGAGAGCACUGCGAGGCCAUCCUGGACGUCAUGGUGAACCUGCAGUUCACACUGGUGGAGACACUGUGGAAAACAUUCUGGAGGUUUAGCGAGAGCCAGGCAGGAGAUCCAGCCACGCUGGCUGUUCAUGAUGAGUCAGAGAAGCGGCUGCCCAAGUCAUGCCUGGUACUGCUGUGCAAAUAUGAACCAGCACUGCGUUGGAGCCGUGACUGUGACAACACGCUGUAUCAGGGCCUGGUGGAGAUCCUCAUCCCAGACGUACUGAGACCCAUACCCAGUGCCUUAACUCAAGCCAUCCGAAACUUUGCCAAAAGUCUGGAGAGCUGGCUGACUAAUGCCAUGAUGAACAUCCCUGAGGAGAUGGUCCGCAUCAAAGUGACAUGUGCGAAUGCGUUUGCGCAGACGCUGCGCAGGUACACCUCUCUGAACCACCUGGCCCAGGCUGCCCGUGCUGUGCUGCAGAACACUGCGCAGAUCAACCAGAUGCUCAGCGACCUCAAUCGAGUCGACUUUGCGAAUGUGCAGGAGCAGGCCUCUUGGGUGUGUAGGUGUGAGGACCGUGUGGUGCAGCGGUUAGAGCAGGACUUUAAGCUCACCUUGCAACAGCAGAACUCACUCGAGCAGUGGGCUGCCUGGCUGGAUGGCGUGGUCUCACAAGUCUUAAAGCCCUACCAAGCCAGUCCAGCCUUCCCCAAAGCUGCUAAACUCUUUCUGCUCAGAUGGAGCUUCUACAGCUCUAUGGUAAUCAGAGAUCUGACACUGCGCAGCGCAGCCAGUUUUGGCUCCUUUCAUCUCAUCCGCCUGCUGUAUGAUGAGUACAUGUAUUAUCUAAUAGAGCAUAGAGUGGCCCAGGCCAAAGGGGAGACCCCUAUCGCUGUCAUGGGAGAGUUUGCCAGCCUUGGCCGCAGUCUUAACACACUGGAUCCUGAUAAAGAAGAGGAGGAUGAGGAGGAAGAGGAGAGUGAUGAUGAGUGUCAGGAAUUGGCUCUGCCCGCUGAUGGAGCCGCUCUCGGCGAGGAGUCUCUGGAGCCACCUGCUAAGCUCGCCCGAACCGACCAGAGAGUGCUCUUCAGCAACACAGAGAACUAAGAACACACAUUCCAACACUCUCUCACACACACACACACAAAUGUUCAUUAUGUAAACGUAGUGAAAACAUGCUGCACUUCACAUAACUCUGUACACACACACACACACACACACACACAUACACCUUAAUCUGUAGCUUAUGUGUGAUACCCACAGUCCUUGCAACAUUUAUUUGUACUGAGAAAAGAACAGAGACCCUGUUUACCUGCAACUCGCUUAUAUUAAAAGUCUCAGGGCAGAAAAAUGUCAUGAAGUUGUAUAAACAUUUAUCAACUGCCCCAUAACCUGCCCUUAGACCUCCGCUAUAAGUGGGUUUUAAGUUAUAUUCUUUUAUCAGUACGGCAAACAUGGCAAAAUGUUUAUCUGUGUAAUCACACGUCGGCUACAGAUGUGUAGAUAUCUGCUGACUGAAAAACUCUGGAGUGUUCCUCCUGGAGUAAGACACAAUCACUGGCACGAUUCUAACGUUAAACGGGCGUGAUCGAGAGCUGUAUUAAAAUCCAGACUAAGACUAAACAAACACAUUUCAAUCUGAAAAUGUGUGUGUCAGUCAGUCCAACGAUCUGCAAACCCAGCAGAGAUGAUUUUUCUUUGCGCCUCCAUACUGGCAACAGAAACAUGAACAAUGAGACACUGGAAAUUAGUUUGUGGACAGACUGGAGCCGCUGAGCCACGUGAGCUUCUGUUUAUCAAAUCCCCGCAGCCCGUGGGGGUAAAAACGGGUGCAAGUAGGUGCCAGCAGAAUGACUGUAAACAUGUAUGUGCGUGCGCGUGUGCUGUGUAUUUCCUGCGGCAGCCCAGCUGUGUGUUGUCUGUGCGUUUGUGGGUGGACUGGGGCCUUCCUGCCGUGCUCAUUUGAAUGAACGUGGUAGUUUUGUGUGCGAGUGUGUGUGUGUGUGUGUGUGUGUGUGUAUAUAUAUGUGUGUAUGUGGUUCUUAAUAAAUGAUAGUGGUUGUUUUGUUGGUGGAUAUUUUCAUGUAUCCUUUCUCAAUUUUUUUCAUUCUUGUUGCCUUUAUUGUACACUACCAUGUGUUACAUACCGAGUGAAGAUUCAGUUUCGAUCCUAAACAGAGUUCCCAUUCAAUUUAAUUCUUUAAUUCUGUCCCUUUCUCUGAAACCUGCCUUAUUUUCUUUCCUUGUUUUGUUUUACACUUGUCUUUUUGCACUUAUUUUUGUUGUUUGGUUUUGGUGUACCAUUCCAGACUUGGGAUAGGAUUGAUAGUACGUGUGUCAUCUAACUAGAGUCGCAAAGUGGAACCCUUCUCUGUGUUAGACUGGUGAUUUGCACUGUUUUGUGCACAUUUAAUGGUAUAUUGGUAUGUGUAUUCAACCCACUCUGGUUUCUGAUCCCCUCUCCCUGCCCCUUUUUUUUUUUAAAAUAAACAAAACUGCCUACACACUGUUUUACUCAGAGAAAGCGUAUGACAGCUUUAUCUGUUCGAUGCAAAGUGAGCAGGCAGUUAUUAUUGGAGAAGUGCAGUGUAGUUUUAGAAAAGCAUUGCUCUUUCCCCCUUUUCACUUUCUAAGAUGUCCUGCUAUCUCUCAGCAGCUCGUUGAACACUUCUUUUUUUUUUUCUUUUUUAAAUUUUUAUUCUGUCCUUGUGAUGUAAUGAAGAGAACUGCUCUACGAUAAUUCGAAUCUGUCCCUCAUUCUUUGUGGAAUCUUACAAUUCAUCAUCUCAGAUCUCUGUUUUUUUCAGCUACAUGUUCAGCAUUAUUUAUUAGACAGUAUAUUUUGUGAGAUACCGAAACAACAUUGGCUGCACUCGUGUUUACUUCUCCUGAUAAACACAAACCAGCAUGUACUUUUCUUUCCCUCACAAUCUUCUGAUACAAAGACAAAAAGACAUAUCAAAAGAAGUUCUGAAGAGCCUUUCAGUACAAUAGCCAUUUUCAUAAACGGCAAGAAUUUCCCUUUUAAGGUCAUUUCAGUUUCUUAUUUAAAAAAAGGAAGAAAAAAGAAGAUUUAAAAAAAAGAGUGACAGUGUUUUAUUAAUCUUCUAAACUAUGAGGAUGAUUGUGCCU